AUGGAGCACAGAGAAGUAUCCAUUCAGCAAUUGAGUGAAGAAAUCGUUAAAUCUGUCAACAAAUCGAUACAAAACAAAUUGAAUAAUGGUUUAAUUGAUUUAGGUGCAUCAUCUUCAGCUAGUCAAAGUGACAACAAAAACACCAAUCCGAAAAAAACACCGGGGCCACAAAAAAUCACACCGAUAAAUGGUAUUUAUUCAAUUCAUGUUUCUCGUUUGCCGAAAGAUGCUACCUCCGAUGAUGUAACUGCCAUUAUCAUUGCCAACUCUGAAAUUCACACUGAUGCCUUUUCUGUUGAGAAAAUUCCAAACAAACGGUUCAAAGUGAAAAAGCAAUCUGAUGGUACAGCUCAGAAGAAAAAUAAACAAAACGCCGAAAAAAAACGAACAACACAACAUAAUUCUGAUAACAACAACAAUCGGCAAACCAAAGGCAAACCAAAUGCACAUUUUCAACGAGAGCAAAAUGACAAUCAGCGAAAGACACGAUAUUCCAACAGAAAUCAUCGUUUUGAAAAUUUCUCUCGCCCAUACAAUCACAAUCGGAGAUUUCAAAAUCAAAAUGUGUAUAGCCAACGGCUAAGUCAGUGGCAGCAACCUGCUCCUUUUCUGCAGCAACCAUUUUUCCAUCCGCCGUAUGUGAUACCAGGUUUGCAACAAAUGCAUCAUCAUCCAUCACAAAUUCCAAUGCAAAUGCCACAACAUCUACCACCACAAAUGCUAAUGUAUGCACAACCUCAGCCAUUUUAUCACAGUUAAACCCAGCCUUCUCCACCUCAUCAUUCUGUUUAAAUCCACUUUUUGCCACAUCAUUUCACAUUCAGCAGCCACAUCAACAACAUCUAUUCAAUAAUGUAGUUCCAAUGUUGGAUGAAGCUGCAAUGUAUUGCAAUAAUAUGAAUGGCAUCAAAGAUGAAGAAAAAGCGAUAAACUUUCUUGCUGAAGUGCUUGCGUCGUCUUUCCUUUUUUACAUGUUGAGCGAAUCACACCUCAGUCCUGAUGUCGCCUCUUCUGAAUUU